AUGGAGAUUUUUGGCAAGCUUGAGAUCAACCUGCUGGUUCUACAAGCAUUGAAACUACCUCCGUUCAGCAGGUUUAUCAAGGACUUCAUAGCUGGAAAAGAUAAGGCCGAUGGGAAGAUUGUGAUUGGAGAAAGUGUGUCUGCUGUAAUCCAGAAGAAGAGACUUCAUUCCAAGAGAACUGACCCUGGGAUAUUUACUAUACCCAUCAUUAUUGGUGAUGUUAAGAUUCAGCAUGCUAUGUGUGAUUUGGGGGCCUCUAUUAAUGUGUUGCCUUUCUCAGUUUACAAGAGAUUGACUAGAGUCAGCCUAGUAGAUAUAAAGGUGGUUAUCCAGCUCGCGGAUAGAUCAUGCAUUAGUCUUGGAGGAGUACUGGAAAAUGUGAUCGUGAGGGUACAUGAUUUCCUAUACCCUGCUGAUUUUCACGUGAUCCGUAUGAAUGAGUCUGAAGCUGGUGAAUCCAGUGGAGUAUUGUUGGGGAGGCCAUUCCUGCGAACGGCCAAAACUAUAAUUGAUGUGAGUGACAGUAGAAUUUGCUUAGAUUAUCAUGUGGGGAAAUUCACUUUCAAUAUUGACGAAGCAAUGAAAAAACCAUUGGAUACUGAAAAUCUACAUUCUUUGGAUGUGAUAUACCCAUUAGUCCAAGAAUUUCAAGAGACUAAACUUCUACAGGAGCAGCUUGCAGCUGCUGAAAUGAAUGACUCAAUUGAAGAAGAGGUUUCCGGAUGGUGUGAAACACUUUUGACUCAGAACAUGACCGAUGAAGAGAUUAAUGAUGCAAUCAUAGGAUUCUGCCAGAAGCCGACUUCUACUAGAUCAACUGGUUCUGCUCAACUGAGCAGUCUGGAAAAGGUGUCCGAUUUUGAGGAAUUAGCAGCAAAGGAUAUGGAGAAAAAUCCAUUACCCCAGGAGGCGGUCACACCUAAGAAAGAGUUGAAGACGUUACCCCCGGGAUUAAAGUAUGUCUACCUCGGAGAUGAAGAAACCUUUCCAAUAAUCAUCAACAGCCACUUAACUGAGAAGCAAGAGGAAGAGUUAUUGGAAGUAUUGAGGAGAAACCAGAAGGCCAUCGGAUGGACCUUGUCGGACUUGGUCGGCAUCAGUCCUGACCUCUGUAUGCAUCACAUACACCUUGAAGAUGGUGCGAAGGCUCACAGAGAGCAACAAAGGAAGCUGAACCCCAACAUGAGAGAAGAGGUUCUAAAAGAAGUGCUGAAGCUACUAGCGUUGGGGAUUAUUUACUCCAUUUCUAAUAGCAAAUGGGUCAGUCCUAUACAUAUGGUACCAAAGAAGUCUGGAAUUCAGGUGGUUAAAAAUGAUAAGAACGAGCUGGUGCCCACAAGAUUGGUUACAGGGUGGAGGAUGUAUGGCUACAACGGGUAUUUUCAGAUUUAUGUGGACCCCGAAGAUCAGAAAAAGAAAACUUUCACAUGCCCAUUUGGGACAUAUGCGUAUAGGAGGAUGUCAUUUGGCCUCGGUAAUGCACCAGGGACAUUUCAAAUGUUCAUGAUGAGUAUUUUCUCCGACUUGCUCGAAGACUGCAUUGAGAUCUUCAUGGACGAUUUCACAGGGAUACAAGUUGAUAAGGCGAAGGUGGAGGUGAUAAACAAAUUGUCGUUCCCUACCAAUCAGAAAGAGAUACGGGCAUUUCUGGGACAUGCUGGGUUUUAUAGGAGGAUCGACUUGUCUCAGCCCCAAUCAUCAGCAGCUCCUGUCUGGAAUCAUCCUUUUGAGGUGAAGUGCAACGCCAACAACUUUGCAGUGGGAGCAGCCCUUGGACAGAAAAUAAAUGGGAAAAGUUAUGUCAUCUUCUAUGCUUCUAAAACUCUCAACCAAGCUCAGAAGAAUUAUGAUACUAUGGAGAAAGAGAUGCUGGCUAUAGUGUACUCUUUUGAAAAUUUUCGCCCUUAUUUACUUGGGUCCAAGUUUGGUCCGAAAAAGACAGCCAGGAAAGUCCUGGAUAGUGGUUUCUAUUGGCCGGAUCUACACAAGGAUGCCUAUGAAUUCUGCAAGAGGUGUAGUCGAUGUCAGUUGACAGAAGGGAUUUCUGCCAAAGAUGAGAUGCCGCAAGUACCCAUCGUGGUUUGUGAGAUAUUUGAUGUAUGUGGAAUGGAUUUUAUGGGCCCUUUUCAUUCAUCCUAUGGGAAUUCUUACAUUUUAGUCGUAGUUGACUAUGUAUCUAAGUGGGUGGAGGCUCAUCAUCCUGUGGGUAUUGAGCACAAGGCGUAUUGGCCAGUCAAGGAAGUGAACAUGCAACCUGAAGGGUGUGCUAAAGAAAGGAAGCUCUAA